AUGGCAGGCCCCUGUAAUACCAUGCAGACCCCCGAGGAGAAGAGUGCCGUUACGGUGCAUGAGCCUUACGCUGCCAAUGGUUCUCUCCGCACUUCCACGGAUGAGGACUCUGACGCGGACACUGAUUCCAUCCACGAGGCUGCACAGGACAUUGAAAGGAUACCCACCCGGAGAUCACGGCUCAGUGAGAAGUCGACGGGCCGCGUUUCUCAGGACCUCCGGAGAACGGCCAGCAAUGUACUCAGCCAGGUUGCCUCGCGCCUGUCCACCCGGAUCCGAGAGGAGCCCCCACCACCGCCGGAUGGUGGUACCCGAGCCUGGCUCCAGGUCGGAGCCGGGUUUCUGGUCAUCUUCACCACCUGGGGUUACGUAAAUGCUUUUGGCGCGUUCCAAACCUACUACACUAGCACGCUCCCCGUGUCGCCGUCUUCCAUUUCGUGGAUAGGAUCCGUGCAAAUCUUCAUGAGCUUGUCAGUGGGCGUCUUCACCGGACGUCUGCUGGACGCCGGGUUCUUCUACCCGACGUACAUCGUUGGCGCCAUCUUCCAGCUCCUGGGCAUUUUCCUGAUGAGCAUCUCGACCAAAUACUGGCAGCUCAUGCUGACGCAGGGUGUACUCACCGGACUUGGUAACGGCAUCUUCUUCACCCCUACCCUGGCCAUGAUCACCACUUAUUUCAGUAAGAGGCGCGGUAUCGCAGUAGGGCUUGUGACGACCGGCAACUCCACGGGAGGGGCGCUAUAUCCUGUAAUUACGCGGCAACUGCUGCCGCAGAUCGGGUUUGCCUGGACUACGAGAGCCUUGGGUCUGAUAAACCUGGUCUUCCUGGCAACGGGCUUGAUUCUUCUGAAGCCCCGGCUUCCGCCCCGGAAGUCGGGGCCCAUGGUUGACUUGACUGCUCUGAAAGAACCAGUAUUUCUUGCUUUCGUGUUUGCUGUCUUCUUCUCCAUGUGGGCUAAUUACUAUACCUUCUAUUAUAUUGCAUCUUUUGGUAGGGAGACUUUAGGUCUAUCUUACCAAGCGUCUACACUGCUCGUGGUCAUCAUCAACGCAGUUGGCAUUCCGAUGAGACUGACCGUGCCUCUAAUUGCUGACCGUGUGGGACCUGUCAACACCCUGGUUCCCAUCUUCCUGAUCUGGACCGUGGCAUCAUUCUGCUGGCUUGCUGUCAAAGAUAUACCUGGAUACUAUGUGUUCACUUGCUUUUAUGGUGCUGUCUCUGGAGCUGUGCAAUCUUCGAUCCCCACGGCUAUCGCAAGCCUGACACCAAGGCUCGAUAUGAUGGGUGCUCGGAUUGGGAUGGGAUUCGGCAUCGUUUCAGUUGCCGCAUUGACGGGACCGCCAAUUGGCGGGGCGAUACAAGGGGCAAGCGAUGGAAAGUUUACCGGAUCUCAAGCCUGGGCAGCCUGCGUGAUGGCGAUCGGGUUUUGCCUCAUAACCACGGCCAGGUUGAAAAAGGUUGGCUGGACGGUGAUGCAAAGGUGUUAG